AUGGAAAGGACAUUUAAAAUAUUCGAUUUCAUCCUCUCCAUUGGUGGAAUAACAAUUUACGAUAAACGCAAAUGGGAUUCCACGGGCUGGUUCAUCUUUCAAAUCCUGAACGUAGUUCUUGGCUUCCAAAUAUUCAUAUGUGCCCUCAUAUUCGUUAUCACUAACUUGUCCAAUCUGCUCCUCUGCAUACAAGGCGCUUGCAUUUUAUUUACCGGUUUUGUCUUGUUCACCUCGCUAUUCGUGUGUUUCUUCUUCAAGAAAGAUUUGCAGGGGUUUGUCGACGAAAUGGCUUACAACGAUCGCACCUUGGACUUGCCAUUGGUGCAAUAUGUACUGAGUCUGGAUGUGACUUGCGGAAAGUUGUAUGAGCUGAAGUGUCUUAUAAUGGAUUCGCAAGUAAGAAUGGCGCGAUAUGCGGGAAUAUUCGUCCAGAUAUAUAUCGCCAGUAAAUGGAAGUUAUUUGAUAGACUAUUUUCAGCAUUUGAUAUGUGGUUUCCUUGGAGUUUGGAUAACUUCGCCGUGUAUAUGGCUACAUUCAUCGUAAACGCUUAUGAGGGAUACCUUUGUGGUGUCGCUCUGUGCAGUUUAAAAUCAACGAUUUCGCUGUUGGUUUACCAAAUAAUUCGACAGUUGGAGGUAAUAACAUUCACUCUCACAUAUUUAGACGAUAUGAUGGUAGAAAUUACUGGACAGAGGGACCAGAAGUGGCAAAACGCGUGCACCUUGGUGUUGUCUCAAUGUGUCGAUCACUACGUAAAGACGAAACGAUUCUCCAAUCGGCUUAACGUAAUUUGCCAACCAUUCUAUUUGGCAUUAAUCCUCGUCGCAAUAAUGAUUGUAUGCGUGUGUACAGUUAAAAUUGCUGUGUCGCAUGGAAUUACGAUAGAUGCGGUGAAAUAUUGUCUCCACGCACUUUGCUUUAUCGUCAUUAUUUUUUUAUUUUCCUUCUUAGGACAACAACUUGAGAAUCAGUGUGAAAAGCUCGAAGUGGCUGUGAUGGAGAAAUGGUACAUUUACGAUAAAAAACAUAAGGUCAACGUGCUAAUUUUCAAUAUCGCUCUUAGCCAGCGAAUGCCGAUAUACAUUUUCGGAUCCAUACCUUUAUACUUACCUACAUUCACAUGGUUUAUGAAUACAGUAAUGUCAUUUUUCACACUUGUAAUGUCGGUUAUAGAAACAUAA